GUUCCGGUAAUAGCACAUCCAGUGGCAAAGAUAGAAUUUCGAAAGUGAAGUACAUAGAGACCUGUCUCUAGCAGUGAAGAAUCUUUCCCCAAGAAUUCUUCCUUGUGGCGCGGGUUGCCCUUGCCCAUGCUACCGCAUUUUUGCUAAAUAUUUGAAGCAGUAAAUACCAAAGGUCUUAGCAAGCCUACUUGCUACGCUGCUUGAGUGUGGGGAUUUCUGAAAUAGAAGAGAGUGUCUCUAUGAUCCCACAAAAGCCAAACCUCAUCUCAUUUGCACUGACUAGACUUGGAUCAUGGCGGAUCCAAACAGACCCCCCCAACGGAAGAUGUCCACAGCCGGGGACAGUCUGUACAAGAUCCUGGGACUGGAGAAAGGAGCAUCUACAGAAGACAUUAAAAGAGCCUACAGGAAACUGGCAUUGAGGUAUCACCCAGAUAAGAACCCAGAUAACCCAGAGGCUGCUGAAAAGUUCAAGGAGAUCAACAACGCCAACUCCAUUCUGAACGAUGAAACCAAGCGAAAAAUCUAUGAUGAGUAUGGCUCCAUGGGGCUGUAUGUGGCUGAUCAGUUUGGGGAGGAGAGCGUCAAGCACUACUUCCUAAUGUCCAAGUGUUGGUUUAAGGCUCUGCUUGUGUGCUGCUCGAUCUUCACCUGCUGCUGUUGCUGCUGCUGCUGCUGUUUCUGCUGUGGAAAGUGCAAGGCUCCUGAGGAUGAGGAGGACUACCUUUACGUGGACCCUGAAGACCUGGAGGCCCAGAUAAGGGCAGAGCAGGAUGGAGGAGCAGACCCAGUGACAACUGAUCAGCCGAUGCCCAGCUCAUCUACUGAAAACUCAGGACCCAAUGCCCCUGUCGUGAUCCAGCCAAAUUCCGUCAACAGCACUUCAGAGGCUGCGGAUCUCGCAGAUGCCACAGAGCCGUGAACCAUAGGCUCGGAACCCAGCUUGUGCAGCCUCACCCCACCACCUUUCCGGGUCCAUGGUUCCAUCCAGUUGCUAACUGGGAACUGUUUGCCAUGUCUUUUGCCUUUUAUUAUUUUUUUACAAAAAUCAUUCUUUUGGUUACGUUUGGCCGCCUGUUUGAGGAGGGGACCACUCCCUGAACACUGAUGUUGUGCAUGGUUGAAGAACAAUCAGGACGUUCAAAAAAUCUAUCUUAAAGCAUGCAUCAGUUUAGCACCAUCUUGUUGACAAUGUACAACACUGAUCUUCUGAAUGUGAAUUGGCACAAGCACGCACAUGCAUACAUGAAAUGGCCUGCAUGUCGACCUGUCAAUACUAGUAUUUCUGAACCAGAUGCUACCAGCCAUUGUUGAGGUGCCAUUCGUUUUUACAAAUUCUGAAGCACUUCUGUUGAACCUUGGUUACUGUUCCAAACUUUCUUACUGACUGAAAACAAAAUGGUUGUUUUGCAAUUGCCCAAUAAUUCAGUUUCAAUUAAUUCAACGAGUCUUUGAUCAAAUACAAAAGUCUGUACCCUAAAAAUGUGGUUAGACCACCAAAGGUUUCAAAUGAACAUGCCAUUGUGUGACUCGACCCUCUCUGCCUCAUCACUAGGCCUGGGAGCAGAGGCGUCACUAGGGGGUGCGGGGGGUGCGGACCGCACCAAGUGACACCAUCAGAGGGGGGUGACACCGAAAUGACUGGCAAUAAAUUUUUUGUGCAGUGUUUUGUGUAGAGAUGAGUUGAAAAAGAUAAUUUCUCCGAUGCAGUUUACUGCCGGUUGAUUUAAUUAGCGGUAUUAAUGUGACGAGAAGCACUUUGUCAUUUUAAUGCAUAACACGCAAUUCCUUGCGCUCACACCCGCCAGCUGGGAAGGUUUUUUUAAAAGAUGUUGGAACAUUGCUACAGGGAUUUGCUUCCAUUCAGCCAGAAGAGCUUUAUUGAGGUCAGACACUGAUGGAGGAAUUAGGCCUGGCUCACAGUUGGCUUUCCAAUUGAUCCCAAAGGUGUUGGAUGGGGUUGAGGUCAGGGCUCUGUACAGGCCGGUAAAGUUCUUCUACACUAUUCUCAACAAAACCAUUUCUGUAUGGGCCUCAUUGUGUGCCUGGGGCAUUGUCAUGCUGAAACAGGAAAGAGCCUUUCUGAAAAACUGCCCCAGACCAAGAGCUGUCCAGAUGUCUUUAGUCAUAUAGUGUAUUUGAAAAUGUUAAAAUUCCUUAUGUGAUGGUUCAGGAUAGUAAUGAAAAAAAUGUUCCAUUUAAAAUUGCCAAUGUGCAGGAAUUUUACUGGUGUCAAGGUAUUUAAAACAUCCAUUUGUGUCUGGCCUGAUGAUUACUUGUCUUGUGACCAUUCAGUGGCAGUAGGGCAUGUCUCUCAGCUGUCCUCAAAAAGACCACCACUCAAGCUGCGACUUUGCAUUCGGAAACUAAUAGCAAAAGAAAAUGUUCUUCAUUAUUUCACUGUUUUUUUUUUUUCAUAAAAUAAGUUGUGUAGUUCUUUUUCUUAACAGAAAAGCUUUUUUGCACGACUUCCAUUUUUCUCCAGUAUUAUUGCCAGUCAAAAAAAAUGAUCCAGAAGAACAGAAAUACUUGGAUGAGAAAAAUAUUUCCUUGCUCAAUGAGGCACGUUGCUGUACAGGGCCAAAACCAUCCGAAUCUCUCAGGCAUAUACCACUGAUUAGUUCCACUUUACUAAAUCAAAUAGGUACUGAAUCUAAUUUGCGCAAACCACCUAAAUCCAGUCGAGAAGAACCAUAUCUGUUAGUGUUAGGUUCUGGACUUGCAUUACGUGGUUUGCUGUGAGGUCAAAUGUUUCAUUCAGCAGAAAUGUAAUAUUCAGACAUAUGCAGAUGUUGUUUAGUUCUUGUCAUGGUCUUUUUGGCAACCUUUACAAAAUAGAUUUUAGAUUGACUGUUGCAGCUUCUUUAUUAGAAUUUUGAUGAGGUUCUCUAUUCAUCUCCUUUGAAUUUGAAAGUGUGGUGGCUGCCAGUUGUAGAGUGAUGCUCCCUCUCCAAGACUCCAGUGGUGGAUCUGUGAAAAAAAUGUAAACCAAGAGGAAGUGCUUGGACAUACCAGGCACAUACAGUAUCUGCCUUGCAGUUACAUUUGUUUUAAAUAAAAAUUUCUAAAUCCUGGAUAUUUUUCGAAAAACGUUCCAAGUUCCCCUUGAGCGAAUUUUUAAAAAACUGUGGGUAGAGCUAUCCGUCACUUUUACCAUUCAAGAGCAAGUCUUGUUUGGCUCCCUUCUGCUGUGAAUUGCAGUAAACUUGUCACCACUAGAGGUCGUAAAGAUCUUGAAAGCACUGCAGUGCCUGUUCUGUGUUGGUUUUAAAUACACUUAAUAAGUUACACAUUUUAUUCCAUUAGGAAAGAAACUCUUUUACACAGAUUAUUUUACAUCUGUAACUGGGUGUAAUAGCAAUUGCACUGAUGUUCCUUCAACUGAUAUGUUUUCAUCUGUAUCAUUUGGGAAAAACUUGAAUUCCAGGGGGAUUUAAUUUAACAAGCCUUAUCAGUUUUGAAAGGUGAACAUACCUUAAGCCUUGGUAACAUGGAUUCGUGAGCCAUAUACAUUUUUUAAUGUUGGGGAACGCAUGGCUGUAUAGUAGUAAAAAAAAGGUCCUGCUGGUUGUGGCAAGAGGUUGAUAACUUUCACUGGUAACCUUAAGCAGGUGAGCAGGCCUGGCUGAUUUCUGAAGGCCACUGCUGGAAAAGAUGGAUAAUCUCCUUUGUGACUCUCACAACCUGGAAUUGUUUCAAUUGAAAUUGUGAUCAUUUUGUUGCUGACUUUUUCUUAUGAAAAUCUACUUGUAAACUUGAAUAUAUUUAUAUGAUUUUUUUUUUUUUAAUUAAAAAUGGGAUGGGGUUUUGUACUAAAAA